AUGUGGAGAUCAACAAUUAGAAAAUUACCACAUUAUAGAUCAUCCAUUUCGCAACCUCUAAAAAAACAGGUUAGUAUGUCUACAGCCACAAACAUUAACAUGAAGACAGCAAAUGAACCUUUAGUAAUUUACCAAGUGAAGGAUACAGCACGUUUAGUUGUUUUAAAUAGACCGGAGAAAUUAAAUGCUUUGAAUACACCGAUGUGUAAAUCAAUGUUUGAUACUUUGAAUGAAUAUUCAAAAUCAGAUUUGAUUAACUUGAUUAUAGUUAAAUCUUCUAAUUUUCCGAGGGCUUUGUGUGCAGGUGGAGAUGUGGCACAAGUAGCACAAAAUAAUUUGGUUGGUAAAUUUAAAGAUAGUACAGAUGUAUUUACUGCUGAAUAUUCAUUAAAUUAUCUUUUAGCUACCUUCAAUAAACCAAUUGUGUCCAUCAUGGAUGGUAUUACCAUGGGUGGGGGUGUUGGUAUUUCAAUCCAUUCUCCAUUUAGAAUAUCCAGUGAAUACACAAAAUGGGCCAUGCCAGAAAUGGAUAUUGGAUUUUUUCCAGAUGUUGGAACCUCAUUUGCCUUACCAAGAGUUAUAACUCUAGCAAAUUCUAAUUGUCAAAUGGCUUUAUACUUAUGUCUUACUGGUGAUGUUAUUGGUGGUGAAGAUGCCUAUAUUCUUGGGUUAGCUUCUCAUUACGUUUCGCAUGAUAAUUUAACUAAAUUGGAGAAUAGAUUAGGUGAAAUUGAUGUCUUUCAAAGAGGUAAGAAUGUUGAUGACGGUUAUUCUAAAGAUCAUAAUGAAAUGAUUUAUAAUAUGAUCAAUAAUACUAUAGAAGAGUACUCUGAAAAUCGUUUUCCUGAUGGUUAUAAAUUUAAAUUUAAUGAUGAUCAACUAGAUGUCAUUGAACAAUGUUUUAAUAUCGAUAAUAUAACAAGUGUUGAAAACAUUUUUCAUAACUUAAAAACUUUUGAAAAUGGUUCAAUCGAGUCUAGAAGAUUUGCCACUGAAGUCGAGGCAAAACUAAGAAAGAAAUCGUUAACAUCAAUGGAUAUUGCUAUUAAAUUGAUUCAAGAAAAUUCUAAAGAUCAUAUUGAAUCAGCUUUGAGAAGAGAUUUAUAUGUGGCUGGUAACAUGUGUUAUGAUCAAUCCGGUGUCUCAGAAUUUUCAAAUGCGACAAAAUAUAAAUUGUUGGAUAAAGCCAAGACACCAUAUCCAUGGAAACAAACUAAUCCAUUGACUAAACUUCAAUUGAAUUCAUUCUUCUCAACCAAACCAUCAAUUCCGUUGAACCUUUGGUCUAAUAACAUAAAUGUUACUUGGAAGAAUUAUCCAUAUCAUUUAAAGUAUCAAUUACCUACUGAAAAGUUUAUUGAAGAAUAUAUUGAGAAGAAUCUAAAAGAGUCUAAUAAUUUGGAACAGGAUACUAUAAACUAUUUUCUUAACUAUAAUAGAUUUACUAAGGAUAAAUUAGGUAUCAAAUUAUUGUGUCAAAAUGUGAUAAGAAGAAAAUUCAGAAAUUGA